GGGCCGACGACUAAGGCGACGACGGCAGCGGCGGCGGCGGCGGCGGAGCCGUGGGUCGGUGUCUGCGCGCUGGAGUCUGAGGCCCAGGCUGAGGCCUCCGCGGUUGCCGGAGCUCAGACUGUGCACGGGAUGACUUCUACCGCCAUUCUCCCCUGAGAAAUAGAGCCGCCGCCACUCUCCUCCCUCUCCCGAAAGGGCGGAGAGGAGCGGCCGGAGUUUGAGCGAUGGUGCCCGGCGAGGAGAACCAACUGGUCGCGAAAGAGAUAGAAAAUGCUGCUGAAGAACCUAGAGUCUUAUGUAUAAUACAAGAUACUACUAACUCAAAGACAGUGAAUGAACGGAUCACUCUAAACUUACCAGCUUCUACUCCACUCAGAAAGCUCUUUGAAGAUGUGGCUAACAAAGUAGGCUACAUAAAUGGAACCUUUGAUUUGGUGUGGGGCAAUGGAAUCAAUACUGCUGAUAUGGCUCCACUGGAUCAUACCAGUGACAAGUCUCUUCUUGAUGCUAAUUUUGAGCCAGGAAAGAAGAACUUUCUGCAUUUAACAGAUAAAGAUGGUGAACAGCCUCAGAUACUGCUGGAGGACUCCAGUGCUGGGGAUGACAAUGUCCAUGACAGAUUUAUAGGUCCACUUCCAAGAGAAGGGUCUGUGGGCUCUACCAGUGAUUAUGUCAGCCAAAACUACUCCUAUUCAUCUAUUUUGAAUAAAUCAGAAACUGGAUAUGUGGGAUUAGUAAACCAGGCUAUGACUUGCUAUUUGAAUAGCCUUUUGCAGACACUUUUUAUGACUCCAGAAUUUAGGAAUGCAUUAUAUAAGUGGGAAUUUGAAGAAUCUGAAGAAGAUCCAGUGACAAGUAUACCAUUUCAACUUCAAAGGCUUUUUGUUUUGUUACAAACCAGCAAAAAGAGAGCAAUUGAAACCACAGAUGUUACAAGGAGCUUUGGAUGGGACAGUAGUGAGGCUUGGCAGCAGCAUGAUGUACAAGAACUAUGCAGAGUCAUGUUUGAUGCGUUGGAGCAGAAAUGGAAACAAACAGAACAGGCUGAUCUUAUAAAUGAACUCUAUCAAGGCAAGCUGAAGGACUACGUGAGAUGUCUGGAAUGUGGUUAUGAGGGAUGGAGAAUUGACACCUAUCUUGAUAUUCCAUUGGUCAUCCGACCUUAUGGAUCCAACCAAGCAUUUACUAGUGUGGAAGAAGCAUUACAUGCAUUUAUUCAGCCAGAGAUUCUGGAUGGCCCAAAUCAAUAUUUUUGUGAACGCUGCAAAAAGAAAUGUGAUGCACGGAAGGGUCUUCGGUUUUUGCAUUUCCCUUACCUGCUGACCUUACAAUUGAAAAGGUUUGAUUUUGAUUACACAACCAUGCACAGGAUUAAAUUGAAUGAUCGGAUGACAUUUCCUGAGGAGCUAGAUAUGAGUACAUUUAUUGAUGUUGAAGAUGAGAAAUCUCCUCAGACUGAAAGUUGCACUGACAGUGGAGCAGAAAAUGAAGGCAGUUGUCACAGUGAUCAAAUGAGCAAUGAUUUCUCCAAUGAUGAUGGUGUUGAUGAAGGGAUCUGCCUUGAAAGCAGUAGUGGAACUGAAAAGAUCACAAAACCUGGUCUUGAAAAGAAUUCCUUGAUCUAUGAGCUCUUCUCCGUUAUGGUUCAUUCAGGGAGUGCUGCUGGUGGUCAUUAUUAUGCUUGUAUAAAGUCAUUCAGUGAUGAACAGUGGUACAGCUUCAAUGAUCAACAUGUCAGCAGGAUAACACAAGAGGACAUUAAGAAAACACAUGGUGGCUCUUCAGGCAGCAGAGGGUAUUACUCCAGUGCUUUUGCAAGCUCCACAAAUGCAUAUAUGCUGAUAUAUAGAAUGAAGGAUCCGGCAAGAAAUGCAAAAUUUCUAGAAGUAGAUGAAUAUCCAGAACAUAUUAAAAAUUUGGUGCAGAGAGAGAGAGAAUUGGAAGAACAAGAAAAGAGGCAACGGGAAAUUGAGCGCAAUACAUGCAAGAUAAAAUUAUUCUGUUUGCAUCCUGUGAAGCAAGUAAUGAUGGAAAAUAAAUUGGAGGUUCACAAGGAUAAGACAUUAAAGGAAGCAGUAGAAAUGGCUUAUAAGAUGAUGGAUUUAGAAGAGGUAAUACCCAUAGAUUGCUGUCGCCUUAUUAAAUAUGAUGAGUUUCAUGAUUAUCUAGAGCGAUCCUAUGAAGGAGAAGAAGAUACACCAAUGGGACUUUUACUAGGUGGAGUCAAGUCAACAUACAUGUUUGAUUUGCUAUUGGAGACGAGAAAACCUGAUCAAGUUUUCCAGUCUUACAAACCUGGAGAAGUGAUGGUGAAAGUUCAUGUUGUUGAUCUGAAAGCAGAAUCUGUAGCUGCCCCUAUCACUGUUCGAGCUUACUUAAAUCAAACAGUUACAGAGUUCAAACAACUUAUUUCAAAGGCCAUCCACUUACCUGCUGAAACCAUGAGAAUAGUGCUAGAACGCUGCGGCAAUGAUUUGCGUCUUCUCACUGUGCCCAGUAAAACCCUGAAAACGGAAGGUUUUUUUAGAAGUAACAAGGUGUUUGUUGAAAGUUCUGAGACUUUGGAUUACCAGAUCACCUUUACAGACUCUCAUUUAUGGAAACUCUUAGAUCGUCAUGCAAACACAAUUAGAUUAUUUGUUUUGUUACCUGAACAGUCCCCUGGAUCUUAUUCCAAAAGGACAGCAUAUCAGAAAGCUGGGGGUGAUUCUGGUAAUGUGGAUGAUGACUGUGAAAGAGUCAAAGGACCUGGAGGGAGCCUGAAGUCUGUGGAAGCUAUUCUAGAAGAAAGCACUGAAAAACUCAAAAGCUUGUCAUUACAGCAGCAGCAAGAUGGAGAUAAUGGGGACAGCAGCAAAAGUACUGAGACAAGUGACUUUGAAAACAUCGAAUCACCUCUCAAUGAGAGGCACUCUUCAGCAUCAGUGGAUAAUAGAGAACUUGAACAGCAUAUUCAGACUUCUGAUCCAGAAAAUUUUCAAUCUGAAGAACGAUCAGACUCAGAUGUGAAUAAUGACAGGAGUACAAGUUCAGUGGAUAGUGAUAUUCUUAGCUCCAGCCAUAGCAGUGAUACUUUGUGCAAUGCAGAUAGUGCUCAGAUCCCUUUGGCUAAUGGACUUGACUCUCAUAGUAUCACAAGUAGUAGGAGAACUAAAGCAAAUGAAGGCAUAAAGGAGACAUGGGAUACAGCAGAAGAAGACUCUGGAACUGAUAGUGAAUAUGAUGAAAGUGGCAAGAGUAGGGGAGAAAUACAGUACAUGUAUUUCACAGCAGAGCCCUAUGCUGCAGAUGAAGGUUCUGGGGAAGGACACAAAUGGUUGAUGGUGCAUGUUGAUAAAAGAAUUACUCUGGCUGCUUUCAAACAACAUUUGGAGCCCUUUGUUGGAGUUUUGUCCUCUCAUUUCAAAGUCUUUCGAGUAUAUGGCAGCAAUCAAGAGUUUGAGAGCGUCCGAUUGAAUGAGACACUUUCAUCAUUUUCAGAUGACAAUAAGAUCACAAUUAGACUGGGAAGAGCACUUAAAAAAGGAGAAUACAGAGUUAAAGUGUACCAGAUUCUAGUCAAUGAACAAGAGCCGUGCAAGUUUCUGCUAGAUGCUGUGUUUGCUAAAGGAAUGACUGUACAGCAAUCAAAAGAGGAAUUAAUUCCUCUACUCAGGGAGCAGUGUGGUCUAGAGCUCAGUAUUGACAGAUUUCGUCUAAGGAAAAAAACGUGGAAGAAUCCUGGCACUGUCUUUUUGGAUUACCAUAUUUAUGAAGAAGAUAUUAAUAUUUCCAGCAACUGGGAGGUUUUCCUUGAAGUUCUUGAUGGGGUGGAAAAGAUGAAAUCUAUGUCACAGCUUUCAGUUUUGUCAAGACGGUGGAGACCUUCAGAGAUGAAAUUAGAUCCCUUCCAGGAGGUUGUACUGGAGAGCAGUAGUGUUGAUGAAUUGCGAGAAAAGCUCUGUGAAAUCAGUGGAAUCCCUUUGGAAGACAUUGAAUUUGCCAAGGGUAGAGGAAAUUUUCCCUGUGAUAUUUCUGUCCUUGAUAUUCAUCAGGAUUUAGACUGGAACCCUAAAGUCUCUACCCUGAAUGUCUGGCCUCUUUAUAUCUGUGAUGAUGGUGCAGUCAUAUUUUAUAGGGAUAAAACGGAAGAAUUAAUGGAGCUGACAGACGAGCAAAGAAAUGAACUUAUGAAAAAAGAAAGUAGUCGACUUCAGAAGACAGGACACCGUGUGACGUACUCACCUCGGAAAGAGAAAGCACUAAAAAUAUAUCUGGAUGGAGCACCAAAUAAAGAUCUGACUCAAGACUGACUCGGCUAGUGUAGCAUUUUCCCUGGGGAACUUUUGGUUUUAAUUAGACGGUUCACUACUACUGUGUAGUGCCAUUAUGGCCGGACAUGGUUAGGGGUAACCCAGUGACACCAGCACUGAUUGGGACUGCCCUUCACCAAUCAGAAGCUCAGUGCCCAAUGGGCCACUGUUUUGACUUGGAAUCAUGUUGUGCACUAUAGUCAAAUGUACUGUAAAGUGAAAAGGGAUGUGCAAAAAUAUAAAAGCAAAAAAGUAAAACCUGCUACUAGUAAAGGGGAAGGGGAUGAGUACACUUCUUUUAUUGUGGACAAAUGUGCACAUAGCCGCUAGUAAAACUAGCCUCAAACAGGAUGCUCAUAGCUUAAUAAUAAAAGCUGUGCAAAGGCCAUGAAUGAAUGAAUUUUCUGUUUAUUUCACUGAUACACACAUUACCUCAUUGACAAUUGGGAAGUAAAUGCAACGUGUGUUGACUCCUGAAAAGCAGCAUAAAGAGCUGAAGAAAGAAAUUCUUAGAACCAGCCGUAACCCAGUAAAGAAUUGUGAAGUUGUGUUUUUAAUUUCUUUCAUUUUUUUUGCUAAGUAUUAAGAACAUUAUUCUGAAAUAUCAAGAUGUUUCCCUUAAACCGCUCCCAGCAGGUGGCAGCUCAAAUUGCUGCAAUAUUGUAAUUAUAACUGAUUGUACUUAAGUUAUGGAUGUAGACAGUAUGUUUCACUCAUUCAUUCAGCAUGUAAAUAAAAUUGAUCCUAUUGAGUUAUCAUAA